AGUCAGGAGGUGGUUGGAAGGCUCCUUCGUGCCGAGUUUUGUGACUUCUCUGCUUUGGUUGUUUUCUAAUGGCAGACGAGGAACCUAUUGAUCAGAAGAAGACCCUCGAAGAGUCUUGCAAGUCAAAAUGUGUGAAACCAUAUAUUCAGUACCAGGCAUGUAUUCAGAGGAUCCAAAGUGAUGAAAGCGGCCACAUGCAUUGUACCGGACAAUAUUUUGAUCACUGGUCUUGCGUGGACAAAUGUGUUGCACCAAAGCUUUUUGAAAAACUGAAGUGAUGCGGAGAUCAAUUGUUGCAAACUGAAAUAAUUUUUUCUCCCCCUUUCAAUUUUGAAACGUAUAAAUGUCCCUUCAGAAUGAUUACUUUUAUUUCCGGUAGUAUCUGAUGUAUGGCACAUCUUUGCUAAACAUGGAGACAAUAGUUUACAAUCAAUAAAAAAAAUCACCGUUUUUACCUCGCUUUA